AUGUCAAUGCUACUACCUAAAGAACGCAUUGACUCCCAAUACAUCUUCAAUAUGAUGCAAUGCUACCCCAACAAACACUUGAUUAUUGACGUUCGUGACCAAGCUGAUUUCAAUAGCAUGCAUCUAGUAAACUCAAUAAAUAUCCCCUAUAAGUCAAGAUUUUCGAGCUCCCCAGACAUUGAAGAACUCAAAAGCAAUAUUAGAGGCGACUCAAGGCUUUUUGAUAGGAGAAGAAGGCUAAUGAUUAUUAUUGUAUAUAGCCCACCAUCCAUUGUGUUUUCAAGAGAAGUUGAAUUUAUCCUUACAAAGGACAAAUGUAGAGAAGUCUAUGUGCUUGAGGAACCUUUUUCUAGCUUUGCUGAAAAAUACCCAUUUGUGUGUGAGAUAGGAGGAAUGGUACCUUUUGAGGUCCCAAGGUAUGGGUACCCAAAUGAAAUUAUUCCGAAUAAGCUGUACUUGGGGAACUUUCACCAUGCAGAAGAUGCAUUGGUGCACCAAAAUUUGAAGCUGACUCAUAUACUGAAUGCGACUAAUGGGUUUUCUCAUAAGUUUGAAUCAAAAGGAGUGGUGUAUCUAAGAUUAGGCGUUGAAGACUUAGAAACUGAAAAUAUAAGCGAAUAUUUUCAAAUAGCGUUUGAGUUUAUUGAUAACAUAAUUUCUAGUGAAAAGUCUCGUGUUCUUGUACAUUGCGCACAAGGUGUAAGUAGAUCUGCAGCUUUUGUAAUUAUGUACAUUAUUAAAUCUAUGAGUGUCAGCUAUGAAGAAGCUUUUCAGUUUGUUAAGAGGCAUAGAGAAAUUAUAAAGCCAAAUGACGGGUUUGCAUACCAGUUAAGGUCAUUAAAAAGUAUUUCUGAAGAAGUCAGUCAUACAAUGACGAAGGUCAGUAUAGAUUAA